AUGUCUGCCUGGCGCCAGCGGCUGACUGGGCUGCUUACAGAAGCAAGUGUGAGGCGGCGGGGUGACCGUCUCACUGUGCGUCGGCCCCGCUCUCGGGGGCCGUGCGGCACCCGGCUGCGGGUCACGUGCGCGCUCUCGCGGCUGCUGAGGGGCGGGGCCGAGGCCUACGCGUCCUGUCUCCCCCUCAGCCUGGCCCAGCCUGGCCCCACACGGAACCUUGCGCUGUGGCUCUGCCUGGCAGGAGCUGACCGGCGUGAGAGAGGCCGUCAAGCAGCGCCCACUGUCCGGGCACCGGAAGGGCCGCUCUGA